AUGACCCAGAGGCUGCCCGCCCCCGCAGCCUCGUGGCUUCUCUCGCCCGCCUGGAAGGGCUCACGUGGCCCCCUGCGGUUGCCCACCUCAUACCGUUUGCUCUCGAGCCAACAUGCUCCCCGAACCGUCGCCGAGUUCCUGCGUGCGGAGCCCAGUGAGAAGCUCGACGACGCCGUCGUUCACGGCUACGUCCGGUCUGUCAGGAAACUCAAGUCAGACAGGUUUCUAAAUAUUGGUGAUGGGUCCACCGUCAAGCACCUGCAGGCCAUUGUGCCAAAGACCCUUGCGAGCGAACUGAGAGUGGGCACCGCUGUGCGCCUCCGCGGCUCUUGGACACCAUCUACGGAGCACGAGAAGUUCCAAACGCAUGAACUCAAAGUUAACGAGGUCGAGGUCUUGGGGCCGUCUGACCCAGGCAACUACCCACUUCAGAACAAGUACCAAACCCUCGAGUUCCUCCGAACCCUCCCCCAUCUUCGAUCCAGAUUACCCCUCAACUCGGCCAUCAUCCGCAUGCGCUCCGACGCCGUCGCCACUCUCACUCGCUUCUUCUCCGCGAGGGGUUACACGCAAACCCACCCGCCAUUAAUAACAUCUUCAGACUGCGAGGGCGCCGGAGAGGUAUUUACCCUCUCCGCCGGCAAGCCCAAGACAAAUGAGCCCGAAACCAGUCGCAGUAGUAGUAGUAGUAGUAGCAGUAGCAAAAAGCUCAAAGAAGCGCAGCAAGAUUCCUUCUUCCGCUCACCCAAGUACCUCACCGUCUCGACCCAGCUACACCUCGAGGCGCUCGCCCAGUCUGUUGGCGAUGUCUGGACGCUCUCCCCGACCUUCCGCGCCGAGAAGAGCGAUACAUCAAGGCACAUGGCCGAGUUUUACAUGCUCGAGGCCGAGCUGACCUUCGUCGAGGACAUGGAAACCGUCAUGAGCCUCGCUGAGGACAUGAUCCGCGACCUCGUCGAGAACCUCGCCACAAACUCUUCAGCGGCGCAGGAAAUCCUGUCCGCCGCAAACAGGGUCAAGGGCGACGUAGAGUCUAUAAUAGGCCCCGCCCAAGAACUCCAAUCUCGCUGGGACGGGCUGAGGGCCAGCGCACCCAAGUGGCCCCGCAUCACUUACACCGAAGCCAUCAAGCUGCUCCAGGCAGCCGAAGAGCAGGAGCCCGGCCGCUUCGAGAACAAACCCGUUUGGGGCGUCUCGCUCCAAGCCGAGCACGAGCGAUUCCUCGCCACGGCCGUCUCAGAACUCAAAACGCCCGGCUACCGCACGCCCGUCUUCGUGACGCACUACCCCCGGGACAUCAAGGCGUUUUACAUGCUCGAGUCGCACAGCAGCAGCAGCACCACCACAAACAACGGUGACGUCGCAAGCAGUAACACUAACGCAGAUGCAAAAGUGACAGGUGGUCCUACGGUGGACUGCUUCGACCUGCUCGUCCCCGACGUGUGCGAGAUUGCCGGCGGGUCGAUGCGUGAGCACCGUCUGGACUACCUGCUUGAGGCGAUGCGGAGGAAUGGCAUGGAGACACCAGCGAGCACGGCGAAGCCCGGCAGGAGUACUAGUAACCUGGACUGGUACGUCGAUCUGAGACGGUGGGGGUCGCCUCCUCAUGGCGGGUUCGGUCUCGGAUUCGACAGGUUGUUGGUGUAUCUUGUGGGAGCGCAGAAUGUCAAGGACAUGGUGGCAUUCCCGCGGUGGUUUGGCCGCUGCGAUUGCUAA